GCACAGUGAUGCGCUCCCCCUUCCCACAGCCCCGCCGCACCCCCUCUCCGCGCAUGCUCAGUAGCAGUCGGGUGUUAGCGGUGGCCGAGUUUUGGCCUUGUCCUCCUAAUUCACUCCGGGGAACUCUCCUCCCCGUACACGGCUCUCCGCUCCGGGGAUUUUGCUUUCCUUCGCUACUCCGGUUCCUGCUCGGGGCCUAGUCGGCCAUACACAGGAGGGAAAGUGAGGCAGCAGGGCUCUGCUUGUCUGAAUCCCUCCCGAGGGAUGAGCGGCUCUCGCAAUAACCGGGUUAUGGUGGAGGGGGUCGGGGCCCGAGUGUCCAGAGGUCCGGACUGGAAAUGGGGGAAGCAGGACGGCGGAGAGGGUCAUGUGGGCACCGUGCGCAGCUUCGAGAGCCCAGAGGAGGUGGUGGUGGUGUGGGACAACGGGACGGCCGCCAACUACCGCUGCUCCGGGGCCUACGACCUGCGGAUCCUGGACAGUGCGCCCACCGGUGUCAAACAUGAUGGGACGAUGUGUGAUACAUGCAGACAACAGCCCAUUAUUGGAAUCCGCUGGAAGUGUGCCGAGUGCACGAACUAUGACCUGUGCACUGUAUGCUAUCACGGUGAUAAACAUCAUUUAAGGCAUCGGUUUUACAGAAUCACAACUCCAGGAAGUGAGCGUGUCCUUUUGGAAUCCCGACGGAAGUCAAAGAAGAUAACAGCAAGAGGAAUCUUUGCAGGAGCAAGAGUAGUGCGAGGAGUUGAUUGGCAGUGGGAGGACCAAGAUGGUGGCAAUGGCAGGAGAGGCAAGGUAACUGAGAUCCAAGACUGGAGUGCGUCAAGCCCACACAGCGCUGCCUACGUCCUUUGGGACAAUGGAGCUAAAAACCUUUACAGAGUCGGAUUUGAAGGCAUGUCUGACCUGAAAUGUGUGCAAGAUGCCAAAGGAGGAUCAUUUUACAGAGACCAUUGUCCUGUCCUUGGUGAGCAAAAUGGUAACCGUAACCCUGGAGGUUUGCUUAUUGGAGACCUGGUAAAUAUUGAUUUGGAGUUGGAGAUUGUCCAAUCAUUGCAGCAUGGCCAUGGUGGAUGGACAGAUGGCAUGUUUGAGACACUAACUACCACAGGCACUGUCUGCGGCAUCGAUGAAGAUCAUGAUAUUGUUGUGCAGUACCCCAGUGGAAACAGGUGGACAUUUAAUCCAGCUGUUCUUACUAAAGCAAAUGUUGUCCGCAGUGGAGAUGCUGCGCAGGGUGCUGAAGGAGGAGCCUCACAAUUUCAAGUGGGGGAUCUUGUACAAAUAUGUUAUGACCUAGAGAGAAUAAAAUUACUUCAAAGAGGUCAUGGAGAAUGGGCGGAAGCCAUGCUUCCAACUCUAGGUAAGGUCGGAAGAGUUCAACAGAUUUAUUCAGACAGUGACUUGAAAGUGGAAGUUUGUGGAACAUCAUGGACAUAUAACCCAACUGCUGUUUCCAAGGUGGCUUCUGUAGGAUCAGCAAUAAGCAGUGCAACUGGAGAGAGACUGUCACAACUCUUAAAGAAAUUGUUUGAAACACAAGAAUCUGGAGAUCUUAAUGAGGAGCUGGUGAAAGCGGCUGCAAAUGGCGAUGUUGCUAAAGUAGAAGACUUGUUAAAGAGGCCAGAUGUUGAUGUGAAUGGGCAGUGUGCUGGACACACGGCUAUGCAAGCGGCCAGUCAGAAUGGACACGUGGACAUUUUGAAGUUACUUCUGAAACACAACGUUGAUGUUGAAGCUGAGGAUAAAGAUGGAGACCGGGCAGUCCAUCAUGCAGCCUUUGGUGAUGAAGGUGCUGUGAUCGAGGUGUUACAUAGAGGUGGGGCAGAUUUAAAUGCUCGAAAUAAGCGCAGACAGACACCACUUCAUAUCGCAGUGAACAAAGGACACUUACAGGUUGUGAAAACACUUCUGGAUUUUGGCUGCCAUCCAAGCCUGCAGGACUCGGAAGGUGAUACACCUCUGCAUGACGCAAUCAGCAAAAAGAGGGAUGAUAUUUUGGCUGUAUUGUUAGAAGCUGCAGCUGAUGUCACCAUUACAAACAACAAUGGAUUUAAUGCUCUUCAUCAUGCUGCAUUGAGAGGAAAUCCCAGUGCCAUGCGUGUGUUGCUUUCAAAACUGCCUCGACCAUGGAUAGUUGAUGAGAAGAAGGAUGAUGGGUACACUGCAUUGCACUUGGCAGCACUUAAUAAUCAUGUUGAAGUGGCAGAAUUACUAGUUCAUCAGGGCAGUGCAAACUUGGACAUCCAAAAUGUAAACCAGCAGACAGCUUUGCAUCUGGCUGUGGAACGUCAGCAUACACAGAUUGUCCGGUUGUUAGUCCGUGCUGAAGCCAAGCUAGAUAUUCAGGACAAAGAUGGUGACACCCCUCUUCAUGAAGCCCUCAGGCACCAUACUUUGUCCCAGUUGCGCCAGCUGCAAGAUAUGCAGGAUGUAGGCAAAGUAGAUACUACAUGGGAACCAUCAAAGAACACUCUUAUCAUGGGACUUGGAACUCAAGGUGGAGAGAAGAAGAGUGCAGCAUCCAUAGCCUGCUUCCUUGCUGCUAAUGGAGCCGACCUCACCAUUCGCAAUAAAAAAGGCCAGUCACCUCUCGAUCUGUGUCCGGACCCCAGCCUGUGCAAAGCCCUAGCCAAAUGCCACAAAGAGAAAUCUAGUGGUCAGGUAGGAUCUCACAGUCCAUCUAUGAUUAACAAUGACUCGGAGACUCUGGAAGAAUGCAUGGUGUGUUCAGAUCUAAAAAGAGAUACUCUAUUUGGUCCAUGUGGCCAUGUAGCUACCUGUUCAUUAUGUUCUCCACGUGUAAAGAAAUGCCUCAUCUGCAAAGAGCAAGUACAGUCUAGAACAAAGAUAGAAGAAUGUGUUGUAUGCUCAGACAAAAAAGCAGCUGUACUCUUUCAGCCGUGUGGGCAUAUGUGCGCCUGUGAAAAUUGUGCGAGCCUGAUGAAGAAGUGUGUUCAGUGUCGUGCUCUGGUUGACAGAAGAGUGCCUUUUGUUGUAUGUUGUAGUGGGAAGGGUGCAGAAGAAGUCACAGAUGACAUUGCAGGGGCAACCAUUCCAGCUUUACAGAAGGAUAAGGACAAUACCAAUGUCAAUGCAGAUGUGCAGAAGCUUCAGCAACAGUUACAAGAUAUUAAAGAACAGACCAUGUGUCCUGUUUGUCUGGAUCGGCUUAAGAAUAUGAUCUUCAUGUGUGGACAUGGAACCUGUCAACUCUGCGGUGAUCGAAUGAGUGAAUGCCCCAUUUGUCGGAAGGCCAUUGAACGAAGAAUACUAUUAUUCAGUAUGUCUUGUUAGGAGAGAGAAUCUGAGAUGUUGUGCUCCCAAAGGCAGAACAAGAAGCUAACUUGAUGUCUUUUCUGAUACUGAAUAAUGAAUGUAAACCGUACAAGUGCCCAAAACAACAAUGCUCAUUUUUCUUACAACACUGAACAUCCCUACACUGCCAGUGUGUCUGCUGGAUUUUGAUCACUGGACAUUUAUUCAAACACUAUUUUUUCUUUUCUCCACUUACAAUGUUUUUCAUAUAUCUUAGAAUAUGUUUAUGGUAUAUGAUUCUUUAAACUGUAUGUAUACAGGAAAAAAAAAAAGUCCUCACUCUCAUGAGAUCACCCUCCACAACGUUUUAUAUGUAUUUUUUGUAUGUCUAUUUGAGUUAUUCCUUCAGUUGCUGUCAGAGAAUUUUUUACCUGUGCUAUCAGGUAGUAUCAUCCAUUAUGCAGUAAUAAAAAUGGUUCUAGGGAUCAUGUAAAGAGAGAAGAGCGCCACUUAAUACUUCAAGCUGAAAGUCAGUCUUUAACUUUGACAGAUUUCUCUGUGUCUGAGAUACACACUGGUCAACACAAGUCAGACUAGACUGUUGAUUUUGUUUUGUAAUAUUGGAGAACCUUUAUAUUUAAGACCAGUGAAUAUAAGGGUAAGUACACCCUGUAAUUUGCAACAGAUUUGCAAUGUAAUUCGAUCAAGUGUGCAUUUACCCUAAUAAUACACACAUGCAUAUUCAUCUGCAUUUAACAGUAGAGAGACCUACUUGACUAUGCUUAAAGGGGUUUAAGUCCUUGGACAACUCUGCUGUUCCUAUGGUGCCUCUUCCCACUGUUAUACAGUAUAUUUACAUUGCCCUUAAAAUAACAGGUUAUAUAUUUUUCCUCAGUAGUCUGUCUUUACACAGCUCUCAGCUCUGAUUGGACAGUGUUAUUCUAAUAGCACACAUAAUACUAAAGAUGCACCAGAAUUGUUACAAGUCAUGUCACGAUAUCUAAAGGAGGUUUUUUUUUUUUUUAAAUUAGUGCUUCCCUAAAAUAUUAUUUUCAGUGGAAAAGACAUUUGCUUCUGAAAAUAUCAAUAUAAAAAAAUAAUCUACUCUUUAAUGUCAUCUGACCUGUUAGUGAAUAUAAUGGACGAAUCCUUGCAUCUCAUCAUUUAAGACUAAAAUUAUUAUUGAACAUCCUCUAGAUGUCCAUUAUUUUCAGAAGAUAUUUCAAAGGAUCUCUGUUUAGCUGCUCAUGUUAUUUUUAUAUGGCUUAGUAUGUAAAAAGAAAUAUUUAAACUUUGUAGAAAUGUUUUUUUAUUAUUGUCUAUAUCAGCUUUUUGUUUGUAUGUGUUGACCUUGCUAAAAUGGCUAAACUGUUUCACACUGUGCAUAAUUAUCAGGCAUGUUGUAUUUUUGCAGAUUAUUUUUUUCCAAAUCCAAAGUGACAAUUAUCCUUAUAGUUUCUUGGUCUGUUGACAGUCAACUUUUUGUGCAGCAGCAACCGCAGUCUCCCGGACACUUUUCAGAGAGGUGUACGGAUUUCCCAUUACCAUAAGUCUCCUGUUUAAGUAGGACCCACAAGUCCCCAAUAGGGUUUAGGUCAGGUGAGAAAUGGAGAAAUGUCUGAAUUUUUUCAUCUUGACUGUCUAGCCAUGCAGUGGAAUACUUUGAUGCCUGCGAUGGUGCAUUGUCCUGCAUAAAAUCAUGGUCUUCUUGAAAGGGGUAGAGGAAAAGUUGACCAGUUACCCAUAGCAACUACUCAGAUUUUCUAUUUAAUUUUUUAAAAGAUCUCAAAAAAAUAAAAGAAACAAUCUGUUUUGUUGCUAUAGGCAACUAGUCAACUUUUCCUCUGCACAGGUUUUGAUAAAUCUCCCUCUUUUUUCCUGUACUAACCAUGAGUUAGUUGGACCUUUUCAUUUUGAAGAUGGACUCAAAAUCAACUUCCAAACC